UCCAGUCCAACCAAGAAAAGGAAAGGGAAAUAGCGAGCCAAUACGCACUCACUGCUUCUUCUUCUUGAGCUUUCUUUUCCGCUCCUAUUUUCCUCGCUAACCAAACAACAAAGCCUCCUCCUUUUUCACGAUACAUCCUCGAAUUCUCUCUCUUUCUAGUUUCUCUGCCCACUUUUCCAUUCGAUCAAACACUCGCAGAGUCUGAAACGAGUCUCGCAAGCAUUAAACCUAGCCUUAUACACCCCAAUUCUCGUCGCUUGGGCUUAAAUUGAAAUUGACGGAGUCAAUUGGAAAGGAUGUUCUUCUCGGGCGAUUCAUCGACUCGGAAGCGAGUUGAUUUGGGGGGACGGAGUACCAAGGAAAGGGACAGGCAGAAGCUUCUGGAGCAAACAAGGCUGGAGCGCAACCGCCGCUUAUGGCUACGGCAGCAAAACUCGGCUGCACUUAAAAUUCAGAAAUGCUUCAGAGGGAGAAAGGUAGCAGCAGCUGAACAUUCUAAAGUGCGAGAGCAGUUCAAUGGAACAUAUGGGAAACAUUGCCAGAAUGUGGACAGGUUUAGUUUUGGUCCCGAUUCAGAGUUUCUCCGCCAGUUACUUUUUUUCUUUGAUGCUCGAAGUGUUGGCGAUUUUUCCAUCCUUGUGGAGAUGUGCCGGCUGCUUCAGCAAUUUGUCAGAGAUACAGGGGAUAUUGUUAGCCUCUUUGCAGGCGUGGAUUAUUCAUCCAACCAUGCUUUGGUAAAUUACAGAGUAGAGCAACUUACAUAUCUGUGUGUUAAGGCUGUUCAUCAAAACAGAAAUCAAUUGAAGGAUCAACUUUUUGCAGCCCCCGAGGAGGCAACUGUGUCAACAACUUUACUGUUAGAAGCAGUAGUUUUAUUGAUAGAUCCCAAGCUUCCAUGGGCUUGUAAGACAGUUAGCUAUCUUUUGCAAAGAAAGGCUUUUACCCUGUAUAGAGAUAUUAUUUUAACAGGAAAGGAAAGUAUAAAGAUCCAUACUUCCAUUGGCAGAGUAUCUUCGUUGGAACGCAGUCUUGCUGCUGUAAUUCCUCACAUUGGUCAGAAGCCAUGUACCUGCCCAAACAUCGAUCCGCACUGGAGCUUUUCAUCUCAAAUUCUUACGAUUCCUUUUCUAUGGAAGCUAUUCCCAUACUUAGGAGAGGUUUUUGCAACACAGGGGAUGAGUCAGCAUUACAUUCGUCAGAUGGCACUCUGUGUGCAAAAUCAUGCUCAUGUACUUCCCAAUGAUACAUCAAUUGAACUACCUGGUUAUGCCUGCCUUCUUGGAAAUAUAUUAGAAUCUUCUGGAGUUGCCUUAUCUCAGCCUGGCUGCUCAUUUGAAAUGGCUGUAGACCUUGCUGGUGUUGCAACAUUCUUGUUGGAGGCCCUUCCUUCAAUUAAAUCAUCAAAUAGAGAAAGCAGAGAAGAGUUCAUGAUGGGCGAGGAUGAUAUGAUUGUGGGAGAUGAUGUAAUGGAAGUAGUUUUGAAUAUUGAUUUGGAACGACAGAUAUGUGAUGCCAUAGAUCCGCGCUUCCUUCUGCAAUUAACAAAUGUUUUGUUUGGAGGGAUUUCACUUGCCAGUGGCUCACACCACGGACCGGAUGAUAAAGAGGUGUCAGCUGUUGGUGCGGCUUGUGCUUUUCUACAUGUUACUUUCAACACCUUACCUCUAGAGAAAAUCAUGACGAUACUAGCUUAUAGAACUGAACUUGUUCCGGUGCUUUGGAAUUUUAUGAAACGGUGCCAUGAGAACCAAAAAUGGCUGUCAUUGUCUGAGCAGUUGGCAUAUCUGCUGCCAGGAGAUGCACCUGGUUGGCUAUUACCUUUGGCAGUAUUCUGCCCUGUAUACAAGCACAUGCUUACAAUAGUUGAUAAUGAGGAGUUCUAUGAGCAGGAGAAGCCACUAUCAUUGAAGGAUAUCAGAGUCCUAAUUAUCAUACUCAGACAGGCCCUAUGGCAGCUUCUUUGGGUGAAUCCUACGGCUCCCACUAAUCCUCUGAAAUCUUUCACCAACACUGUUUCUAACAAGAAGCACCCUUUGGAGUUCAUUCAACACAGGGUUAGCAUUGUAGCCUCUGAACUCCUAUCCCAGUUGCAAGAUUGGAACAAUAGACGAGAGUUCACAUCCCCCAGUGACUUUCAUGCUGAUGGUGUCAACGAGUUCUUUAUUUCACAGGCCGCAAUGGAAAAUACACGAGCAAAUGACAUUUUGAAGCAAGCUCCCUUCCUCGUACCAUUCACAAGCAGAGUUAAAAUAUUCACUUCACAAUUGGCAGCAGCUAGACAAAGACAUGGGGCUAAUUCUGUAUUUACCAGAAACCGAUUCAGAAUCCGGCGGGAUCGGAUCUUGGAAGAUGCUUAUAAUCAAAUGAGUGCAUUGUCUGAAGAUGAUCUUCGAGGACCGAUUCGUGUCACGUUUGUAAAUGAAUUUGGGGUUGAGGAGGCUGGAAUUGAUGGUGGUGGGAUUUUCAAAGACUUCAUGGAGAACAUUACUCGAGCAGCCUUUGAUGUGCAAUAUGGACUAUUUAAGGAAACAUCCGAUCAUUUACUCUACCCGAAUCCUGGUUCGGGAAUGAUUCAUGAACAACAUCUCCAAUUCUUCCACUUUCUUGGAAUACUUCUAGCAAAGGCCAUGUUUGAGGGGAUUCUUGUGGAUAUACCAUUUGCAACGUUCUUUCUGAGCAAACUAAAACAAAAGUACAACUAUUUAAAUGAUUUGCCUUCAUUGGACCAAGAAUUGUACCGCCACCUUAUUUUCUUGAAGCAUUAUAAAGGUGAUAUAUCGGAAUUAGAACUGUACUUUGUCAUCGUAAACAAUGAAUAUGGAGAGCAAACAGAAGAAGAGCUGCUUCCCGGGGGAAAGAACCAACGUGUCACUAAUGAGAAUGUCAUUACCUUUAUUCAUCUUGUUGCCAAUCACCGUUUGAAUUUUCAGAUACGUCAACAAAGUUCGCAUUUCUUAAGGGGGUUUCAGCAGCUUAUACAGAAAGAUUGGAUUGAUAUGUUUAAUGAGCAUGAACUUCAGCUUCUGAUAUCAGGUUCACUUGACAGCUUGGAUGUUGACGAUCUACGGAUGCACACCAACUAUGUGGGUGGCUAUCAUAGUGAUCACUAUGUCAUUGAGAUGUUCUGGGAAGUUCUGAAAAGCUUUUCAUUGGAAAAUCAGAAGAAAUUUCUAAAGUUUGUGACUGGGUGCUCCCGAGGACCUCUGCUUGGAUUCAAAUACUUGGAACCAUUAUUUUGCAUACAGAGGGCUGGUGGUAAUGCAUCUGAAGGAGCUCUUGACCGAUUGCCAACUGCCGCCACUUGUAUGAAUCUCCUAAAGCUUCCACCAUAUAGGAGUAAAGAGCAACUGGAAACCAAAUUGAUGUAUGCUAUAAGUGCAGAUGCUGGCUUUGAUUUGAGCUGAUGGAAGGAAGCUGUGCAUUCGAAGUUGUACCAAAUCAUUUGCUCCAAUCUUCUGUGGAGUGAACCAUUUUCUGGGCAGACAGUAUACAUCAUGCAUUGUUAAUUUGAUGCCCCUGCUUGGAAGUGUUGACGAUCGUAUCAGAGCUUCACAAAUAAACAAGGACUGCAAAAGCAGAGUGAAGCUUGAACUGAAUGGCAUGUAGAUAUUUAUUUCUGGCAAGCUCCUGAUUUGACUUGUAAAUAUGUUGGGGUGAGUCUGCCAAAGUUCAACAGCUUUGUUAAGUUAUACAGAAAUUGGGCCUCAUAUGAAUGCCAUGUGAAGGCCUGUCUCAACAUAAAUAGGUGAUCGUUUUGAGAAGUGUAACAUUGUUCAAACAAUACUCUUUUAUAUAUUUAUGUAAAUGAAAAGGGGGCAGCUUAUUUAUAUA